AUGCGCCGCCUCGCCUCCGCCCACCGGUGCGUGCCGCCACCUCACCAGACCCCAGGAGCCCCGCCGCCUCGCGCUGCCGCCUGCACCGCGUCGCGUGCCGCCACCUCCCCACAAGCUCGCCGCCCCAUCGCGGAAGCCUCACCGCCCCGCCGCCAUGGGAACCGAGCUCCUCUGCGCCCCGCCCGCCAUCGGAGAUCUGAGGCCGGCCGGGAGGCGGGGAUGGGGUACCGGUGGGCCCCGGGGAUCUGCGCGGUGGUGCUGCUCUGGCUCGCUGCGACCGCAGCCGGAGAUCCCGAUCCCGACGAGCUCGAGCGCGCAUUGCCAAUGCCAAUUUACAACAAUUUCAGGUCUGCGAAAGUUGGAUUUUGGAUAGGCUUUCAAGAGCGUGACCGAAGCAGAGACACACACAUGCGGCGCGACAACAAUUCUUCUUCCUCAAAGCAUAUAUUUUCUCCAAGCGAUCAACAAAGUGAUUGGUCCAUUUGGAAGGUGUUCCAAUCCCCACCAACAAGAGGCACAAUGCUUCCAAGAUCUUCAACACCCUGA